AAACAUUAAAUUUUAAACAUUAUAUUAUACUGCGUGAUAAAUGAUACAUACAAACUAAGUGCACUAACACGGAGUAGUCUACAGCAUGUGAUAACAGCGACUACCGCGGUUCGGGAUGGUCGGCUGGAGGUAGAACGCAAUGAAGGUAAAUAUUGAAGCGCGCGGGGCUUAAACAAAAUACAUCUAAUCGAUAUUGACCCUCGUAUCAAACUCUCUAUAGUCUCGACUAUCAGUGCAUUUUAUUUAGUGUUUGUCAACAAACGCGAGAAACACAUUAUAAACCUUUAUUGGUAUAAUUAUUGUCAUAUUGCCUCAGAAUAUAACAAUUCUAUAACGAUUUAUAAGUGUCAAACUGUCCACGGGAAACGUCGAACGGAUGAAAAUUGUUUGAUUGCAACUCGUGUCGAAAAGUGGUCAACUUCCAAAAUAUUGAAUUAUCCAUCGCACAAUAAUAUGUUCUCUUCGGCCCGAAAAAGUCGCCAAAGAAAAGGUGCCGGGAAGAGACUCGGAGAUGAUGAAAUGAUCAACGAGGUUAAUGUAAAACACGAAUUUGAUGAAAUGGGAGAUUAUUGCUUUGAAUCGUUGAAACAAGUUGAACAAGCGACGUCUAUUGACAUGAGAGUAACAAACAACUUUGCAGACGAAAAAUGCAAAUUGUGUUUAGAAUCGUUUACAUCCGAAACGCAAUUGAAACAUCAUAUCACAACAAUGCACAAUGGUAUUUCUAAGAUAGAAGAUAUUCCAAUUAAAAAAGAAGUCGAUAAUGGUUUCGAACCUAAUGAAACUGAAGACGAGCCAAGAAUUAAAAUUGAAGAAGGUGAGACCGACGAUUAUUAUUACAAGUCUAUAUUUGAUAUAGCAGAAAAUAUUGAUAUGCAAUUGAAGGAACAUCAAAAAACGAUCAACGAGAAUGCUUACAAUGUCGGAAAAACUUGCAUUAAUAAAAAAGUAAAAGUCGAAGUUAAAAACAGUGGUCUUUUGGAUUUGCAAACAACAAACUACAAAAAUACUUUUAGUGAAAAUCGUACGAGAAAUGAAGUGAAUAAAAAAACUGAUGGUCGUUAUUUUGAAUCGAGGAUUGAAACAGAAAACAAUACAAAAACAGCAACUAACUCCACCAAUGAAGAUAUAACAAACCGGCGGUUUUUCCAAUGUAAUUUAUGUCAAAAAAUGUACUGCACAAAAAAACAAAUAACUUUACAUAUUUUAAAAUCCCACCAAAUUUCAACGGAUAAACACUGUCCCCAAAAACUCAACACUAUACAUUGCAAUGAGUUUACUAAGACAUACGUGAACAUCAGCCGACCCUAUAAAUGUGACGUCUGCCUUAAGCAUUUUUCUAAAAAUUUUAACCUCACACAACACAAACGAAUGCACACUGGCGAGAAGCCCUACAAAUGUAAUGUUUGCAAAAGUACUUUUUCUCAAAAAGUACACCUUACAAGACAUGAACGCGUACAUACCGGUGAAAAGCCCUACAAAUGUGAUGUUUGCCAAAAUUCUUUUUCACAAAAAACUAACCUUACAAGACAUGAACACGUACAUACCGGUAAAAAGCCCUACAAAUGUGUCGUUUGCAAAAAGAAUUUUUCUCGAAAAAAUGUCCUUGCACGACAUGAACGUGUGCAUACUGGCGAGAGGCCCUACAAAUGUAAUGUUUGCAAAAAUACUUUUUCUCGAAAAGCACACCUUACAAGACAUGAACGCGUGCACACUGUUGAAAAGCCUUAAAAAUGUUACGUUUUCAAAAAUACUUUUUCUGGAAAAGGAAGCCUUAAAUAACAUAAACGCUUGCACGGUAAUUAGAAGACCUUAGACCUUGUGCUUAAAGAUUCAUCGGACAUUUUUAUAUAUUGUUUACUUUUUUUUUAAAUAGGCAUACAAGGUCAUUGCCUAAUUUAUAGUCAAAUUGCCUAUAAUAUGAUGUGGC